AUGGUAUAUUGAGGUUUUUUUCUCAUAUAAUUUGGAUGUUUCAGAUUCCAUUGUCGAACUUUUCAUACCUGAGUCUUGAAGAAGGUGGGUUACUAAUUACAAGUUUUUUUAACAUGUAUCAAAAAAAUCACUUUAAGGGGAAAUCCGCGACACGAGUAUGAAUUCCACACGAUCUACAACUGAAUUAAAAGAAAAAUCGACUGAUGGUAAUCGAAAAUUAUAGAAAAUUUAACGGAUGCGGAAAAUUAUUAUUAUCUUUCAGAGAACCAAAACAUCAUCGGUGUUCACCUCGAUGAGAUUAAUUCUUUUUCGGAUCAGCCAUAUGAUGAGGGCGAAUUUUUUUCGGAUGUUAGAAAAGUUCCCCUGAACGUUCUGCGCGGGAUCCAGUGA